GAGGCCUAAUGGUUAAUUGUCAGACUGCUGAUUCUUCUGUUAUAAUUACAUUUGAAGAUUACAUUCCUGGUCAUGCUGCUGCACUUUUAGUAAAUAACCUGGAAAAUUUGGCCAUUUCAUUUUCACAAGGAGACUCAGAGGAAGUAAACCUUCCUUCAAAAUCCUAUGCUUUAUUUGCUUGGAAGAAUCCACUAGAAAAAAGAACUUUAUCUUGGAAAUGUGAAAAAUGCAGUGGAGAGCACGAUUUAGUGAAGGAUGGAAUUGGAGAUUUUACUAUUAAUGAAGAUUUGAAAGCAUAUUGGGUGUCAUUUUUAGAUGGUAUGCAACGAGUUUUGAUGUUUACUGAAGAUUUAGCUCUUGCUACUGCUGCUCAAGAAGCUGGUGAGCUUGAAAGAGUUGAACAAGAAAUUACAGUGUCACUUCAAGGUGUUGGUAUAUCUUUAGUGAAUAAUGAAGCUAAAGCUGAAAUUAUGUACAUGGGAAUAACCAGUACUGGAGUUGUUUGGGAAGGCAGAAAGAAGAAAAGUAAACGUUUCAAACCUCUUAGUGUAAGAGAAAGUGAAAUAAUAGAAGUAGCUUACGAGCAGUAUCACAAUGAAUUGAAAAUUGGAAGGAAGCCGAAAUCAUUCAUGCAGUUGGAAAAUAAAGUAGAGGUGGAUUUUGAGGGAAUGUUAAUGACAAAACCAUUAGUGAGAGUUUUAAGGAGAUCCUACCAGACUGGAUUAUGGCUACAGUAUAAAACAUCACCUCAUCAGCUGCAGCUUCAUGCAAAGAUCAAUAGACUCCAGAUAGAUAAUCAGUUGAUGGAUAAUGUAUUUCCAGUAGUUUUAGCUCCAGUACCACCUCCAAAAUCUGUUGCUGCAGAAACAGCACCUAAGCCAUUUACUGAACUUAGUGUGAUGCUUCGUAAAGCUGAACAUAGUGCUGUUCCCCAGUUUAAGUAUUGUAAAAUGCUGAUACAAGAAUUCCAUGUAAAACUUGAUCAAGGUUUUAUAAAUUCUAUACUUUUAUUUUUUACUGCUGAUCAACCUCCUGAAAUAGAUCAUAUGAAAAUAAUGGCUUUAGAUAAAGAGGUAGCAAGUUCUUCUCUGAAAGAUUUAGCAGCUGUUUAUUCAUCUCAAGAAAAAGUGAACUAUUUUGAUAAUUUACAUUUCUCACCUUUAAAGGUGCAUAUUAGCUUUUCUAUGACUGGUGGAAAUCAAGAAGAUAAUAAACCUACACCAAUACAUUCUGACUUUUUAAAUUUACUUCUUCAGAGUGUUGGUGUUACACUUACUGAAAUUCAAGAUGUCAUUUUUAAGUUGGACUACUUUGAGAAGCGAUAUGUAUUCAUGUCACAAAAGCAACUUAUUUCUGAAGUAACUAGUCAUUAUGUUGGACAAGCUGUGAAACAACUUUACAUGUUGGUGCUGGGAUUAGAUGUAAUAGGUAAUCCUGUAGGUUUGUUACUUGGUUUGGGAGAAGGCGUUACAGACCUCUUUUAUGAACCAUUUCAAGGUGCCAUUCAAGGCCCAGAAGAAUUUGCUGAAGGUCUUGCUUUAGGUGUCAAAUCAUUAUUUGGCCAUGCGAUAGGUGGGGCUGCAGGGGCUGCAUCACGAAUUACUGGAACUCUGGGAAAAGGAAUUGCAGCUCUAACUCUUGACAAAGAUUAUCAAAAAAAGCGCCGUCAGAAUAUAUCUCGACGACCACAGGAUUUUACUCAUGGUAUUGCACAAAGUGGAAAAGGUCUUGUAAUGGGUGUAUUUGAUGGCGUUACCGGAAUUGUCACAAAACCACUUGAAGGUGCUCGUGAAAGUGGUGUAGGUGGUUUCUUUAAAGGCAUUGGGAAAGGUCUGAUUGGUGUUGUUACAAGACCUACUGCAGGUGUUGUUGACUUUGCUAGUGAUUCACUAGAAGCUGUUAAACGGGCAACUCAAGUGUCUGAUGAUGUGAAGCGUCUUCGAGUGCCUCGUUUUAUUCAGCCUGAUAGUAUAAUUAGGCCAUAUGUAAAAAGAGAAGCAGAAGGCAACAAACUAUUCUAGGAAGUUGAAAAGGGAAAAUAUGCUAAUACAGAUGUAUAUUUAGCUCAUGUUCCAGUUGCAGAUGAAAAGUUAUUUCUCCUAGUAACUAACAACCGUGUAAUGUACAUCGAAAAAGGGGAAAUAUUUGGCCAGUGGAAUACGGUAUGGGAAUAUCGUUUUGAAGAAAUACGAGAUCCACCAGAAGUGACUGAUAAAGGAUUAAGGAUAAUGUUAUUGACUCCACACAAAAAAGGACUUUUUAGCAAAUCAGUUGCUGGGAAGCUUGUCCAUAUUACAGAUCGACAAAAUGCUGUGUGGAUAGCAGAUAAAAUUGCAGAAGCUAUGAAGAAAUGACUUCAGGUUUCAUAUAAUUUUCAAAACAUGUGCUCAGAUUUGGAUUUAAUCUUUUGCUAGUUUAAAGAGGAAGUGCAAAUUUAAAGUUUAUUUCACCAAUGUGUCUACUGGGGAUUUUGCAUAGCCGUCCAGGCAAAAUCAUAUGCUUAUGGGAUAGUUUCUUUGAGAAAGCUAUACUGUUUUUGAAGAAAUGACAACACUUGAAAAGUUGACUUUUGAUGGCCUGGUAUCUAUUUUAUAUUUUAUACAUAUAGGAUGAAUUGUUAGUUGUAUUUUCAUAUGAAGUAAUUAAUCAGUAAUAUUUAUUGACUUUUCUUUAAAAUCACAUUAUUCCUUUUUAAAGUAUAAUUUAUUUUCUGUAUUAUGCAUAGAUUUUGAUAUCUUUUUCUCCAUCUUUUCUUGAAAUAAUAUGUUUUUUUAUUAAUCGGGUGUUUUUAACUUUUCCUUUUGAACCCUCAUUUUGACCAUAUUAAACAUAAUGUAUGCAUGUGAAAAUACUGCUUUGUCUUAUGGCAUCCUACCUGAACUUUGGGAAAGUAAUUUACAAAAUCGGUGUUAAUUUUUUUUAAUCAGUUCUAGUCUUUAGUUGUAAAUAACUAGUAUUAUAUUUCAAAUGUGAUAUAAAAUAUGCUUAAAAAUUUUCUUAAGUUAAAUGUUUUUCUUUUUCAUAAAAUAUUUUUUUUUUAUGUGUGUGUAUAUUGUAAUAUGAAAUGUGCCAUAAUAUGUAAUUUCCGUUCUAUGGAUAAUAAUGUGAUUUUUGAUAAUUAAAAUCACUGAUUAUGGUUUUCUUAUUACUGUAGGAAUUGUAACAUUAAUCGGGUGUUUUUAACUUUUCCUUUUGAACCCUCAUUUUGACCAUAUUAAACAUAAUGUAUGCAUGUGAAAAUACUGCUUUGUCUUAUGGCAUCCUACCUGAACUUUGGGAAAGUAAUUUACAAAAUCUGUGUUAAUUUUUUUUAAUCAGUUCUAGUCUUUAGUUGUAAAUAACUAGUAUUAUAUUUCAAAUGUGAUAUAAAAUAUGCUUAAAAAUUUUCUUAAGUUAAAUGUUUUUCUUUUUCAUAAAAUAUUUUUUUUUUUUUUUUAUGUGUGUGUAUAUUGUAAUAUGAAAUGUGCCAUAAUAUGUAAUUUCCGUUCUAUGGAUAAUAAUGUGAUUUUUGAUAAUUAAAAUCACUGAUUAUGGUUUUCUUAUUACUGUAGGAAUUGUAACAAGAUAUUAUACAUAGUUGUUCUGAAUGAGCUUGCAAUGUUUUAAAAAAUGAAUGUUGUGUUUAACUCGUUACAUGUACAAAUGUGUAAGAAGUUCUAAUAUUUUAGUGCCUGUGAGGUACUAGGACGCUAAAGUUGACCUUGAUGUGUUGUCUGAUUUUUUUAAAGCAACAGUUUAAGAUUGCACUUGUGUAUAUAUUGUGUCCAUUUAAAAUACAUAUAUAUAUAAUAUUUGGGCUAUGGUCAUAAGUACUUAGUUGCUUCAGAUACUGCUUUGUUUUUAAAGAAUUAGAAGGCAAUACUUUCUCAGCCUUAAUAUUAUAUUACUAGGGAUAUUUUGUUUGUUAAAAAGGUUUAGUAAUGUAUAUUUCAUAACUUAUAAUUUCAACUGAGUCAUUUAUAUUUCCAAACUUAUUGGUUUUGCCAUUUAUAGAUGUUGUUACUUAGCAUUUACAUUUGCUAGGUAAUUUUGUUGCAAAUUCUAUUUACUGUGAUAAAAUUAGCUGUUAGUGUUCAAGUUUGUUGGUGUGGAUGAUCAAGAAUUUUAUUCUAGUAAUAUUAAAAAAAUGUUUUUUUUUUUUUUCAUUUUUAAAAAUUCAUGACUAUUGCUGUUUUGGGAUGUUAUAGAAAUUUACUUAAUUCCAUUGUUCAAAAUGCUGUCUCUGUCUACACAAUACAUCUACAAAGACAGAAUUCAUAACAAAUCGAGAUUUAAAGGAAAUAUCUUUAUCUGUGUUUAGCUUUUUAUGUUCUUUUUACUGCUAAAUGAAAAGACUGGUCAAAAGACUAGUUGAGUCAGCUAGGCUGGAUCAUAAAUUUUUGGAUGUCUUUACUGAAAUCAGUUUUGGGAGUGCUUUUUAUUUUUUCACUUUAUUUUUCUGAAUUUUUCCAAUGUUUUCCAUAUGGCUUCCUUGUUUUAUUUUAAAGAACAGUCUAUUGAUGCCAAGUUAGAUAAUUUGUGUGAUUUACAUUUUUUUCAUUAGAAUAACUGGUUAAUGAUAAUCUUAUUGUGUGAGAAGAAAAAUCUUUUGCUUUAUGUUCAGUCUCUUAAUUUCUAACUGCAUAUUAGCUGCCUAAUUUUGUGCAAAAAUUUUCAUUUCAUUUUUUUCAUAAGCAAGUUGUAUUUUAUACAAAGCAUUUUGUAUUGAAUUAAUAACCAUUGCUACUAUUCAUCGCUUGGCCAAGUGAUUGCUUGAAAAAUUCACUCCUGAAGCUUAUAGAUGCAUUGUGUAUUUCUUAAAAUGAUUUUAAGGAACAGUUCGGCAAAAAUGGUCUUAAUAUAUCUAUGCAUUUAAAGCAUAAACAACUUAGUUGUAAAAUUUUAAUUUUAUUUAAAUUGUGUUUUAACAAGGCAAGUUUCCUUAAAAUGUUAUGAGCUCUCUUAAUUUGUUGCCAUAUACUGAGAAUAUAUUUUCUGAAUUUUAUAGGUGUAGUAACUACUGACAUAUUUUCAAGCAGAUCUGAUUAUUAAUUAUAUUUAAGAAAAUUUUGAAAUAUUUAAUUGUGUAUCACUUUUACCCUUAAUUAUGAAUACAUUUAGAAAUAUGUAUUGUUUUUAAGCCUUUUAAUGCACAGUUUCAAGAGGUUAUCACAACUUAACCUUAAGACUAGAAAAUUUUGCUCUCCUACUCUUAUCAAGGGUCCAAUUCCAGUAUCUGCUAUGAAUAUGUAAACUAGAAUAUAAGGAAAAUUUGUUGUAAUGUAACAAAGAAGUACUUUGUCCCAUUUUUAGAAAUGAUGCACAUGAUGCUUUAUAGUAUUUUUGUACUAUAGCUGAAAAAGAAAUGCCUUUUCCAGUGCAAAUUGCUUUGCUAUGUGACAAAUCUUCAUCAUUCUCCAGAUUUUCAAAUUAAUGUUCUUCCUCCAUUAGCAGGGAUUUUGUCUAAAUUCUUAUGUAUUAAAAUUUUUUUAACAUCAUUAGCAAUAUUCUUAAGAAUUGCUAGCAGUAGAAAAUUACCAUUGUGUGUAAUUGUUAUAUGUGUGAUUUUGUCAGAGAUUUAUUUUUGCUUGUAGCUGACAGUGAUGUAAAAGAAAAUGUGCUUUGAAAAAUAAAUGCGAUUUUUUUAAAACA